CGCCAUAUUGCAGAACCGGCAUCAUGGUGCGCAUGAACGUUCUCGCAGAUGCUCUGAAAUGCAUCAACAAUGCUGAGAAGCGUGGGAAACGCCAGGUCCUCCUCAGGCCCUGCUCCAAGGUUAUUGUGCGCUUCCUAACCGUCAUGAUGAAGCACGGUUACAUUGGUGAGUUUGAGAUCAUUGACGACCACAGAGCUGGCAAAAUCGUCGUCAAUCUCACAGGCAGGCUGAACAAGUGUGGAGUGAUCAGUCCACGUUUUGAUCUCCAGCUCAAGGAUCUGGAGAAGUGGCAGAACAACCUGCUGCCAUCAAGACAGUUUGGGUGA